UAGUGGCUGACAUACAGUUUUGAACAAAUGUGAAGUGUUAAAAUUGCAUCUGGUUAACAUGCGUCGUUGCAUACGAUUAGUGGCAGUCUUAAUUUCCAUAGCGAUCUGCGCGAAUGGCUUCAAUCUAGAUGUUAAGUUCCCAUUAAAAGCAUCUGGAACACAAAAUUCCUAUUUCGGAUACAGCCUGGCCGUCCACGAGCACAAUGCUGAUAAAUGGUUACUUGUUGGGGCGCCAAAAGAACUUACUCUUAGUUCAGAAGUGUCGGGUGCUCUGCAUCAGUGCCAACAACAGGAAGGGGCUAUAAGCUGCAAGCGAGUAAAAACCUUUCCCCCAGAUAUAGAAGCAGCUGAUCAAUGGCUUGGUGCCUCUGUAGUUAGCAGAAACGGAACAGCUAUGGUAUGCGCGCCGCGAACUGGAGAAAAAGUGGCGGGGCAAUGCUUUUACGGUCAAGAAAAUCUGCCUUCCUUUACUUCUUAUAUGCCUUGGAAUGAGGCUUUUUGUGAAGUGGGUUUCUCGGCUACCUUAUCGUCGGAUGGAAAGCGAUUUUACACUGGUGGGCCAAGCUGCGAAUUGAACGCUGGUCGAUUGAUUGCAUCUACUGGUCCCGAUGAAUCCAACCCUGAUUUACUAAGCGGAGACCUUGCCUUUUAUUCUUACGCAAUUGCUGCAGGGAAUGUAUUAAGUAAUAAACGCGAAGGGCUCGUGGUAUCAAUAGGAUUUCAUCAAAAUUCAAAUUUUUCUGGAAAAGUAGUGCUUAUAGACUCUCUUGCUGGGCUUCAACCGAUUGGCAGUUUAAUCGGAUAUCAAUCCGGUGAACAUUUUGGAGCAUCGCUGGCCGUAUUCGAUAUAAAUGCCGACGGGCGCGAUGAUAUCUUCAUCGGAGCUCCUCAUCACACGGAUUACGGAAAUUCGGAAAUUAAAUUUGACGUCGGUGCUGUCUACGUGUACUAUCAAACAUCGGAAGGACUUUACAAAAGAGGAUCGCCAAAUGAGUUUCAUCAUCUAAAAGGAGAAAAAACUGGCGCGCAAUUUGGAUUCGCAAUGGCCGAGCUGGGCGACACGAACGGGGACGGAUUUAAAGAUUUGGCCGUUGGGGCUCCGUAUGAGAACGAUGGGUCAGGGGCAGUUUACAUUUAUCACGGAUCGCAGCUUGGUCUCCAAAAUCCACCAGGACAAGUCAUCUACGGACAUUCUUUUAAUCCGCCAAUUCGCUCAUUUGGUUUUUCUUUUAUUACGGGUGGUAAUGAUUUUGAUCGAAAUGCCUAUAGUGAUUUAAUAGCUGGUGCCUAUCUGUCUGACAUAGUCGUUCACCUCCCUGCUCGACCGGUAGUAAAAGUGAAAAGUAAAAUUAGUUUCGCUCCGACAUUUAUUACGCUAGAAAAGAAAGAAUGUCAAGUUCUAUCAGCGACAACUGAUAGCUCACCUGUAGCAGUGUCUUGCGCGAAACUACAAUAUUGUUUAGUUUACGGCGGCACACGCGUUCCCAGCAACAUCAAUACAAAUAUCACCAUUACGUUGGACGUUACACAGCCGAAAGCAAAUCGUUUACUCUUCAUGAAAACUAACAAUAAUCAGUUGACGCAAAUUAUCGGUUUAACUGAGAAAACGCAGCUUUGUCAGGAAGAAAUGGUAUACGUUCGGCCAGAUAUUCGUGACAAACUCUCAAAAAUGGAAGUCACUUUAGUGGCUACUUUGGUUGAAACUCCGGAACCACUUUCGGCUAUUCUGGAUAUUUAUGAAGGCAAAGGAUUCAGCUCCAAUUCUCUGAGUAUACUCAUAAAUUGUGGACCGGAUUCUAUUUGUAUUCCUGAUUUGCAAAUGGAAGCUAUCAUGACCAGCGAAACGUAUAUUCAAGGAUCAGAUGAACGCUGGACUAUCGAUGUGGUAAUCUACAACAACGGUGAGGAUGCUUUCGGUGCCGAUUUCUACCUUCAUUUACCGUCGUCGCUCGGUUUCAUCAACACGGAUAAAGAAUAUACUGAUCAAUCAGUCCUAUGCUUCCCUCCUGGUGAAAUUAACGGCCUUGCUUUGCGAUGCGAGGUGGGGAAUCCGCUGCCCAGUAACAAAACCGCCCGGUUACGUGUAAUAUUGCGACCCACUCCCGGAGAUGACGCCUUUGUUUCCUUCCUUGCGGAGACAAACAGCACAAACGCAGAAAACGACAACACGAAGAACGAUAACAGCGAACUGCUAAAGUUAACUUUCAAGGCUGAAACUAAACUGGCACUCAGGGGUUGGUCGCGACCAGAAGCGUUAGUUGUUAAUAUGACGGCUCUAAAGAUGAACGAAGAUACAGCACUGCCGCACUAUGCACAAUUUUACGAAGUGCAAAAUGUUGGUCCUUCAGACGUUACCCAUGCCAAAUUUCGAAUCGUCAUACCCACGCACACACUAGAGGGAUACGCCAUAAGCGAAUUAACAGCUCAGCCAAACGUGACCGAAGGAAAAGCCCAUUGCGAUCCUGUUCAACUCAAACCUAACCCUAACGUUGGAGUCAUAAACAUUGACUGUGUCACGGAGAAAAUGACGAAUCGCGAGCGAGUUGUUAUUCGACUUAAUAGUCGGCUGUCUUCAGAAGCCCUGCUUAAACAACUGAAUACUGAUAUUUUCACCUUACGCACGGUGGUGACAGCCAAUAUAACUGGUUUGCCUUACGGACAAGACGUGUCGCAACUUCCGAUUGUUAAAACGGAAGUCUUGGUUGAUGUAACAAAAAUCACAAAAGAACUAAACGUCCUAAAAGCUAUGCCUUGGUGGGUCCCAUUUAUCAGUGCAAUUGUUGCUGUGUUAAUUGUGGCUAUUAUAACCGGAGUUCUACAUCACUUUGGAAUUUUUAAAAGGAAUCGCCCAAUGCCACUGACAGCCACUCUGGCGUCCGGCCCUGAAAGCCAACCUUUGCAAGAAACGGGUGAAAAUCCCAGACGGCCAAUGUCCGAAAUCGACAACAUGGUAGACGAAGAAUCUUCGUAGAUGGAUUUGGACAUGCAACCCUGAAUAAACGAGUGAAACAAACGAAAA